UUCGGGUCGGGGGCGCCGCCGACUGCGGCGGGUGUGCGCCGGGCUGGCGCCCGACCCCAGCCACGGUCCUGCAGGCCGCGCGCCCCUCCAGUCGCCUCCCAAAGACCCCCCCAGGCUCCACCGAGUUCAAAAAUGUCCAGAAAUGACAAAGAACCGUUUCUUGUGAAGUUUUUAAAGUCUUCAGACAACUCCGAAUGUUUUUUUAAAGCUCUUGAGUCAAUAAAAGAGUUCCAAUCAGAAGAAUAUCUUCAGAUUAUUACAGAAGAAGAAGCAUUGAAGAUAAAGGAAAAUGAUAGGUCACUUUAUAUCUGUGACCCAUUUAGUGGCGUUGUCUUUGAUCACCUCAAAAAGCUUGGCUGCAGAAUUGUUGGCCCUCAAGUAGUCAUAUUUUGUUUGCACCACCAGCGAUGCGUCCCAAGAGCUGAACAUCCAGUUUAUAAUAUGGUUAUGUCUGAUGUAACUGUAUCUUGUACAAGCCUGGAAAAAGAUAAAAGGGAAGAAGUUCAUAAAUAUGUACAAAUGAUGGGUGGACGUGUAUAUAGAGACCUUAAUAUAUCAGUAACUCACCUUAUUGCAGGAGAAGUUGGCAGCAAAAAAUAUUUAGUUGCUGCAAACCUAAAGAAACCUAUUUUGCUUCCUUCUUGGAUUAAAACACUUUGGGAAAAGUCACAAGAGAAAAAAAUAGCUAGGUAUACUGAUGUAAACAUGGAAGACUUCAAGUGUCCUAUUUUUCUUGGUUGCAUUAUCUGUGUGACUGGCUUGUGUAGCUUAGACAGGAAGGCAGUUCAGCAACUCACAAUUAAGCAUGGAGGUCAAUACAUGGGACAACUGAAAAUGAAUGAAUGUACACACCUCAUUGUGCAAGAACCAAAAGGUCAAAAAUACGAAUGUGCCAAGAGAUGGAAUGUACACUGUGUGACCACACAGUGGUUUUUUGACAGUGUUGACAAAGGUUUUUGUCAGGAUGAAUCCAUAUACAAGACAGAGCCUAGACCAGAAACAAAGACUGUGCCUGAUACUUCAACUCCUACUGGCCAGAUCAACACAGUUGACAGUCGUACUCUUUCAGAUGUCAGCCAUAUUUCCAACAUCAGUGCAAGUUGCAUAAAUGAAUCGAUGUGUAAUUCAGUUCUUAAUAGUAAAGUGGAGCCUACACUUGAAAAUCUAGAAAAUCUGGAUGUCAGUGCAUUUCAAGCACCUGAAGAUUUAUUAGAUGGUUGUCGGAUCUAUCUUUGCGGUUUUAGUGGCAGAAAGCUAGAUAAACUGAGAAGGCUUAUUAACAGUGGAGGUGGAGUUCGUUUUAAUCAGCUCAAUGAAGAUGUAACUCAUGUUAUUGUGGGAGAUUAUGAUGAUGAAUUGAAGCAGUUUUGGGAUAAAUCGGCCCACAGGCCUCAUGUAGUGGGAGCAAAAUGGUUGCUAGAGUGUUUUAGUAAAGGUUAUAUGCUUCCUGAAGAGCCAUAUAUCCAUGCUAACUACCAGCCAGUGGAAAUUGCAGUUUCAGAUCAACCUGAAAGUAAAACAGCUCUUUUAAAAAAGAACAACAGCUUCUCUAAGAAAGACUUGGCUUCUGAUGAAAAGCAUGAACAAGCUGACGAAGAUCUGCUCUCUCAGUAUGUAAAUAAUAACCCAACAGUAGCUUAUAUAGAUGACAUAUGUAUGAUUCCACCCAUGGCAAAUUCCACGGCACAGUCAAGGCUGAGAACAGGAAGCUUGUCAUCGGUGGAAAGUCCAUCUCCCAUCUUCCAGGAGCGAGAUCCCGCCAGCAUCAAAUGGGGUGAUGCUGGUGCUGAGUAUGUUGUGGAGUCCACUGGGGUCUUCACCACCAUGGAGAAGGCUGGGGCUCACUUGAAGGGCAGGGCCAAGAGGGUCAUCAUCUCUGCUCCUUCUGCCAAUGCCCCCAUGUUCAUGAUGGGUGUGAACCAUGAGAAGUAUGACAACUCCCUCGAGAUUGUCAGCACUGCCUCCUGCACCACCAACUGCUUGGCUCCUCUGGCCAAGGUCAUCCAUGACAACUUCAGCAUUGUGGAGGGACUCAUGACCACCAUGCAUGCCACCACUGCCACCCAGAAGACCGUGGACGUCCCCUCUGGGAAGCUGUGGCGCGACGGCCGAGGGGCUGCCCAGAACAUCAUCCCUGCUUCCACUGGCGCUGCCAAGGCUGUGGGCAAGGUCAUCCCUGAGCUGAACGGGAAGCUCACUGGUAUGGCCUUCCGUGUCCCCACCCCCAACGUGUCCGUCGUGGAUCUGACCUGUCGCCUGGAGAAAGCUGCCAAAUACAACGACAUCAAGAAGGUGGUGAAGCAGGCAUCAGAGGGCCCCCUCAAGGGCAUCCUGGGGUACACUGAGGACCAGGUUGUCUCCUGCGACUUUAACAGUGACACCCACUCCUCCACCUUCGAUGCCGGGGCUGGCAUUGCUCUCAACGACCACUUUGUCAAGCUCAUUUCCUGGUAUGACAAUGAAUUUGGCUACAGCAACCGGGUAGUGGACCUUAUGGUCUACAUGGCCUCCAAGGAUGUUCAGGAAUUCUUUGUUCGCAAAUCCAAUGCAAAGAAAGGCAUGUUUGCCAGUACGCAUCUUGUACUGAAAGAACCAGGUGGAUCUAAAUAUGAAGCUGCCAAGAAGUGGAAUUUACCAGCAGUCACCAUAUCUUGGUUGUUGGAGACUGCUAGAAUGGGAAAGAGAGCAAAUGAAAGCCAUUUUCUGAUUGAAAAGUCAACUAAAGAAGAACAAAGUUUGGAAGCUGAAAUAACAAACAGGGUGAAUCUAAAUCCAGAUACUCCGGAGCAUCCUGUUGCACACCUGGAAACUCACAGGAAAACAGCUGUUACACCUUUAGAUAUGAACCGCUUUCAGAGUAAAGCUUUCCAUGCUGUGAUCUCACAACACACCAGACAGGUUUCAGUCUCCCCACCAGUGGGACAGCCACUUCAGAAGGAGCCCUCCUUACAUCUGGAUACACCAUCAAAAUUUCUGUCCAAGGACAAACUCUUCAAGCCUUCCUUUGAUGUGAAGGAUGCGCUUGCAGCCUUGGAAACUCCAGGAGGUCCUAGCCAGCAGAAAAGGAAACUGAGUACGCCACUUUCAGAAGUCAUUGUCAGAAACUUGAAACUUGCUUUGGCAAAUAGCUCUCGAAAUGCUGUUGCUCUGUCUGCCAGCCCUCAGCUGAAGGGUGCCCAAUCGGAGAAGGAAGAAGCCCCCAAGCCACUUCACAAGGUAGUGGUAUGUGUGAGUAAGAAACUCAGUAAGAAGCAGGGUGAACUGAAUGGGAUUGCAGCCUCUCUAGGAGCAGAUUACAGAUGGAGUUUUGAUGAAACGGUGACUCAUUUCAUUUAUCAAGGCCGACCAAAUGACACUAACCGAGAGUAUAAAUCUGUAAAAGAAAGAGGAGUACACAUUGUUUCAGAACACUGGCUUUUAGAAUGUGCGCAAGAGUAUAAACAUCUUCCUGAAUCUCUUUAUCCACAUACUUACAAUCCCAAAAUGAGCUUGGAUAUCAGUACAGUGCAAGAUGGCAGACUCUCUAAUAGUCGACUACUCUCAGCGGAUUCAACAACAAAGGAUGAUGAGCCAAAUCAUUUGCCUAUAGAAGAAAACGAUAUAGACAGUAUAACCACCAGUAACAAAGAAUCAGCAAAAUCAAAUGGAGAUGAAAGGAAUGACUCUAAAGGAGCUCUGACACAGACCUUGGAGAUGAGAGAAAACUUUCAAAAGCAGCUGCAGGAAAUAAUGUCUGCAACAUCAAUAGUGAAACCCCAAGGACAGAGGGCUUCCCUUUCAAGAAGUGGUUGUAACAGUGCUUCUUCAACCCCUGAUAGCACUCGCUCUGCCCGCAGUGGGCGAAGUAGAGUCCUGGAGGCACUGAGGCAGUCGCGUCAAAUAGUACCUGAUGUCAACACAGAGCCCUCCCAGAAUGAACAGAUCAUUUGGGAUGACCCGACAGCCAGGGAGGAGAGAGCAAGGCUUGCCAGCAAUCUGCAGUGGCCUAGUUGUCCCACACAGUAUUCUGAGCUUCAGGUUGACAUUAAAAAAUUGGAGGAUUCUCCUUCCCAGGAGCCUUUACAUGAUUCAGAAAUUGCUAAACAGGCUGUCUGUGAUCCCGAAAACAUGUGUGUGACUGAAGCCCCAAAACACCCGAUCUCUGAAGAACUGGAAACACCGGUAAAAGACAGCCACCUGAUCCCUACACCUCAAGCCCCCAGUAUUGCCUUCCCCCUAGCCAACCCACCAGUGGCUCCACACCCUAGAGAAAAGAUUAUAACAAUAGAGGAAACACAUGAAGACUUAAAAAAACAGUAUAUAUUUCAGUUGUCAUCUCUGAAUCCUCAAGAACGUAUUGAUUAUUGUCAUCUGAUUGAAAAACUAGGUGGAUUAGUAAUAGAGAAACAGUGCUUUGAUCCCAAUUGUACACACAUUGUUGUGGGACAUCCACUUCGAAACGAGAAGUAUUUAGCCUCAGUGGCAGCUGGGAAAUGGGUGCUUCAUCGCUCCUACCUGGAAGCAUGCCGGACUGCUGGACACUUCGUGCUGGAAGAAGACUAUGAAUGGGGAAGUAGUUCCAUACUCGAUGUUUUGACUGGAAUCAAUGUUCAGCAACGAAGACUAGCACUUGCAGCAAUGAGAUGGAGGAAAAAACUCCAGCAAAGACAAGAAUCGGGCAUCGUUGAGGGGGCAUUUAGUGGGUGGAAAGUUAUCUUAUAUGUUGACCAAUCCCGAGAAGCAGGAUUCAAACGCCUUCUUCAGUCAGGAGGAGCAAAGGUACUACCUGGUCAUUCUGUACCUUUGUUUAAAGAAGCCACACAUCUCUUUUCUGACUUCAAUAAACUGAAACCAGAUGACUCAGGAGUUAAUAUAGCAGAAGCUGCCGCACAAAAUGUGUACUGCUUGAAAACAGAGUACAUUGCUGAUUAUCUGAUGCAGGAAUCCCCUCCUCGAGUAGAAAAUUACUGUCUACCAGAAGCGAUUUCAUUUCUUCCGAAUAAUAAGGAACCUGGGCCUGGAUUAUCACAGAAGAGGAAAGCUCCUACAGAGAAAAAUAAAAUCAAACGACCUAGAGUAAACUAAUCAUGUUUACUCUUUAGUCACCAAACAUUAGUAUUUUAAUUAUAAAGCCUGAAUGUUACUGUCUUGGAUUUGCAUAGUAAUUUAAAGACAAGUGUCUGUAGAAGAAUUCAGCUGCAGAGUAUAAUGAUGACCUUGCUUGUAGUUAGUUUUUAACAUCUGAAAUUUUAAUCACUGAAAUAUUAACUGUUUUACCUGAAACAACAACAAAAAUCCUCAGCUAGCUUGUCAUAAAACCACAUUGAAGUGUGUAGGGGGCUGUUUAUUUAUUUUCUUAGAAAUAUCUGAGGCUGUAGCUUAGUGGAAGUUUUAGUAAGGUGAUGGAUUUUGCCUUAAAAUGCCAGCUUUAAUUCGUAACAAUAAGGAAGUUGUCAAUUGGGAUUUUUUUCAUGUUUUCCCUGCUUCUUCUCACCCCUUUCCCUCUUUUUAACAGGAGCCUGAGUACAAGGUUUAAUGAGGAACUGAGGCUUUAAACUUAAAUAUGUGUGAGUGUAUAUAUGUAUAUGCAUGUCUGUACAGAUCUCCAUGAUGUUUGCCAAGUUUGGGUGCCAAAACUUGGAAAAUAAAACAAUAAAGAAUAAAAGGGACUCAUAUUAGUUCAGAUAAGUUUUUAAAUGCAAA